CCCUUCUUCAUCUUUCGUAGUUUUCUGUUCAGCGCGCCCAUUUUUCUUUUGCAUUUGCAUGGGUUCGAUGCCUGGCGUCUCGUCAUCAUGCGACAAUCCAUCUAUAGACGCCAUUUUCACAAAUUGAGCUGACCUUUCUUCUUGCGGUGGCGCUAUUUACUAUCCAACUAUCGAAGAUGUGAUCAGAAGCUCGAAGUCCGAUGUAUACUGUCAAGGUCCGCGCCUUGUUGCUUCACGACCGGUUUCGUUCGACCAUCAACACAUUUGGACUUCGGCAAAGGUUUGUGCCGUCAGUUGAGGUCGUCAUUGGACACUCACGGAGUUGAUAUUUGCAGAAAGCAUUGUUCUGAGAUGACAAAAAAGAAAGCUGUAAUAUUUGACAUCGGCGGAGUCAUCAUAACGCCACCACAGUCGGGAAUUAUGAAAUACGGAAAGUCUCUUGGCCUUCCCAGUAAUUUCCUUGAAGGUGUUAUGGUAAUGGGAGGGGACGACAAUGCAUUUCGUCGGAUGGAACGAGGUGAACUGACAAGAACAGAAUUCUGUAGUGAAUAUAAAAAAGAAGUUGAAAAAGCUGCAAAGGAAAUGAAUAUUAAUCUUCUUUCAACAUUUGACCCAGAUAUUUUGUAUGAAAACAUGGGGGCCUCUUGUACAGUUGUCUUGCCGAUGAUAAAUGCUAUAUUAGCAUUACGAAAACAUGGCUACACAAUUUGUAUCUUAACCAAUAAUAGCAUAGAUGAUACAACUGCACUAAAUAAUAAUUCCAACCGCAGUUUUUAUAGCUUACUACAUCUGUUAAAACAUAUAUCUCAUCAUGUCAUCGAAUCCUGUCGAGUCGGUAUCAGGAAACCAUCACCUGACAUAUAUCAGUUAGCAUGUGACACCAUGGGUAUUCAGCCGUCAGAGGCUGUUUUUCUGGAUGAUAUCGGUAGUAAUUUGAAAUCAGCAAAGAAGAUGGGUAUACAGACAAUUAAGGUAGUGGACACAACUAAAGCAUUACAAGACUUGAAAGACGCUACAGGUAUUAACGUUUUCGAAGAACAGUUUCCACCUGCAGUGUCACCGGAUAAAAUUGUCCACUCCUAUGUUACAACCAAGGCGGGACAUCGUAUACAUUAUGUUGACAUGGGAGAAGGGCCUGUGGUAUUGUGUGUUCAUGGUUUCCCGGAAUGUUGGUUUGCCUGGCGAUACCAGAUUUUGCCACUAGUAUUAGCUGGUUAUAGAGUGAUUGUACCUGACAUGUUAGGAUAUGGUGAUUCGUCAAGCCCUCCAGAAAUUGAGAAAUAUACACAGCAACAACUCUGCGAGAGUAUCAUAUCAUUACUGGAUGCACUGACAGAACGAGGUAAGCUAUUUUAUCCAGACAGAACGAGGGCCAUAGGAGGCAUCAAUACACCAAUGUAUCCAGUGAAGACAGACCUCAAUCCUUUAGUUGCUUUGAAAAAGAGCACUGGUGUUUACAGCUACCAACUGUACUUUCAAAAACCAGGUGUGGCAGAAGCUGAACUUGGAAGGAAUAUUGAGAGAAGUUUGAAAUUUUUUCUGAGUAGUAAUGAAGACAAAAUUAGAAUGGGUGUAAAUAGCGGUAAAAUUGGGGAAUUUGUCACGUCUAAUGUGAUGGAAAAAGACUCUACUAACACACCCAAUUCAAUUGAAAAAAAAAUUAUUAAACCUAUUCAAUUCGAUGUGUUUGAAAAAAUAUAUGUGGCAGUGAAGCCGAACAAAAAGGAUGGGAUGGGAUGGGAUAGAAUAGGAUAUGAUGGGAUGGGAUGGGAUAGAAUAGGAUAUGAUGGGAUGGGAUGGGAUAGAAUAGGAUAUGAUGGGAUGGGAUGGGAUGGGAUGGGAUAG